AUGGGCUGGACAUCAGGGAAGGGGUUAGGUGCAAAAGAAAAUGGAAUUGUUGAGCAUGUAGUGGCCCGAUACAAAAAUGAUGAAAAAGGCUUGGGAUUUGAAGAUAAAAAUGAUCAGUGGACCAAACAUGAGGACGAUUUCAACUCGUUACUGGCAAAUUUAUCUAAUGCUAAUGAAGAUACUUCAAUUAAAUUACAUAGUGGUGUUUCACUUGAAGAUAAAUCAAAAAAGAGUAAAGCAAGAAUACAUUACCAUAAGUUCACUCGGGGUAAAGAUUUGUCCCGCUAUAGUGAAAAAGACUUAGCUAACAUAUUCGGUAAGAGGAGUUUUAAAGAAGAGCAAACUGAACUAUAUCAAAGUAAAGAUGAUGAUGUCAUCAUACCUACUGAGCAAGUGUUUACUGAAAAAGAUAAGGGUUACGAGCUCUGCGGAUAUGCCAAUGUUGUUUUUUGUAGGUGUAUUGAAUUGCAGUCUGAAUACUUAAGCGACACGGUCGCAUACCUCGGCCGCAGGCUGCGUACGCGA